UAAAGUCGAUGCAUAUGACUUUCUAUAUUAGUCGUUCUAGUGAUGCUUGCUCCAAAAAACUUGCAAUGGUGCGAUGCCCCAAUGUCCAAAAUUUGGUAUUCAGUUCUAAGUUCCGCCUAGAACAUUCAUGGCAUGGCCGUCUACUUACAAGUCCUAAGAAUGAAACAAGCUGGGUUCCGGUAUGUGCCCAUAGAUGGAGCUAUAACAACUCAAGAGUCCUGUGCCGAUCGAUGGGAUAUAAUGAUUCAACAAGCACGAUUAUUUCAAAACAGAUACCAUAUAACUAUGGAUAUAUUGUAGUUAAGACUGACAUAAAAUGUAAUGGGAUGGAACAUCAUCUUAAAGACUGCAUCCACCUUACUUGGGAAAAUUGUUCACAGAUAGUUUUAUCAUGUGCCAUGAGUCAACUGAAUGUACACCUUGAGAGUGAGGGACCUUAUACAGGUCUGCCAGCAUUUGACUUCUACAAUAAAGGAAACUUGGGAACUACAACAUUAUGUAAAUCAUGUAGAGUCUGUAGUACAAUAUGGGGCAUACAAGAAGCUAAAACAAUCUGCAAAAUCCUUGGGUACCCUCCCCAAUAUACCAGCACCAGAGUUCUCCACUUUGAAACUUCACUGACACAGGAUUUGAUUAUCCAGGGUUUUAGAUGUAAAUAUAUGU